AGUUGACUUCAUCAAGUCCUUUACAAGAUAGUUAUAUGAAAGAUCCCGAAUAUUUUGACAGUCUUGUAGAUAAUGUAGAUCUAUCCAACAUUGGAAGAGAAGAAGAACCUAUGCCAGCACGCUUAAGGCCUAGUACAAUUUCAGAUUCAAAGGCACAACAAAAGGUACUAAUAUUGCACGCACACUUGACAAUAUUAAAAGAAUACCUUAGAAAUAUUAAAUUGCCGAUAAAUGAAGGGGAGCUUAUGAUUCACAUUGUUGCCCCUGCUUUUAGAAUGAGUAUUGACCAAAAUCAGGAGAAGUUUCGAAAACUUUGGUAUUUUUUCAAAGUAGCAAAUCAAGAAAGGCGUAGAGUUGACCAAGAUCACAAUGAUGAUUGUGCACGUGUUGUACAAAAAACUGAUUUAAUUGUUACUUUGCCAACAGGACCAACCUUAGAAGGAUUUAUAUGCGAAGUUUCAGGAGGACUUCCAGCAGGAUGCCCAAAAAAAAUAUGGACAGAUAGAUUAAAAAUUAUGGUUGGAAUACGUGACAUGAUCAAUAGUAUAAUGAAAUCAUUCCCUGGCUUAUUACCGGAGGAUUAUAUGAAAAUUGUUGUAUUUGGUUCUCAAGUAAUAGGAUUACAGAUUAACCUUUAUGCGAUGGAUGUACGGGCAUAUGGAAUCUAUCGUUUUGGAAUAAUUGACAAAGUGUUUUUACCUGCAUCAAUGCAAGUGUUGUCAGCAUAUGAGUCAGUUCAUGUGAUGUUGCGUUCCUUAGAGCACCGAUUGAGUAAUCUUAUGGAAUAUUGCUCAGAUCUUAAAGUUAAACAUGCAAGGUUGAGGCGUAAACGUAACUAUUUGUAUCGAGAAGACAAUCUUGCAUUUACAAACAAUACCCCGAAUACAUCUCCCCAAAAAAAUAAGAGAUCAGAGAUAUAUAGACUAUAA